AUGUGCACCAGGGGUCAGAUCAUUGCCAGUCUCUUCGUGCUCUCUGCUAUGGAAAUAGGCUUCGGGGUCACCAGCGUGGCUUUGGGUGCAGUCACCAUCGGGGGGAGCCGGGCUCGCCAACCCCAGCUCGGGGACUCUUCACCGUUUUUAAUCUGUGGAAUAUGUGGAAUUGUCUGCGCUAAAAAGAAAUCUGGUCGGAUAAUGAUAUUAUUUUCUGCCUGUUGUAUCUGUGGACUGAUUGGAGGAAUACUAAAUUUUCAGUUUCUGCGAGCAGUAGCAAAAAGGACAUUUACUUACCCCAUUUAUCUGGCUUCCAUGUCGAUGGCAUGCCUGGGCAUUGCGGGGUGUACCCUGUCUGCCUGGCUCACCUGCCGCCUGGCCAGCAACGAGCAACAGAGGAUGUUCUUGGAAAGAGAUCACUCACUGCAUCACUCUCAUGAAAUGACAGAAAAAGCUGAGAUCCUCACCGUUACAGAAGACAGUCUUAAGCCAAUUCAGUUAUCUUGGCACGAUAUCAAGAAACAGCUGAGAGCACAGGACACAGCAAGAGCUGUGGACAUCCUGAUUGACAUCCCAGAUAACCUAAGCAAUGGAAUGCCACAAAUUGUGCAGAAUGGGAGACCAAUUUGA